AUGUUGGUCUCCAAUCCUGCUUCAGAACGAGCGGGAAUCAACGCAAGAACAGCUCAGGGAUGGGUAAAGCGAAUGAACAAUGAUCCAGAAUGGGAUAUAUACGGCAAGCUUACGAACAAAGUCAAUUGUGAUGAAUCUCAACUACAGGAAGAGCAUCAUGGCGAUUCCGUUGGCGAUUUCGAAAAGUAA